AUGGGCGCUCGCAGGGAGACGUUCCGUUGGGGAGAUGCGGAGGAGGAAGAGGAGGGAUUAGAUUCCGUCCUCCCGCCGACGCAGGUGAUCGGACCCGACGAGAAGGGAAUAAAGAUCGUUAUCGAGUGGCGUCUUAACGAGGAGGGUCAGCGCGUUAAGGUGACGAAGAAAAUCCGCGUUAAGAAGCAACUCAAGAAGCUAAAGCCCGAGGUUAUUCGUCGCCGCAGCCUCAAGAAAUUCGGCGAUGCGGUCGGGCAGGUCGGCUCCGACAACUUCACCAUGGUCUCCACAGAGGAGAUUUUCCUCGAGCGACCGAACCAGGCGCAGGCGAAGCAGGACGAGCAGGCGAAGCCCUCGGGCGACCUGGCGGCGAUCGGCAGCGCGUCGCUCAUGGUGUGUCGCAUCUGCGGCAAGAAAGGCGAUCACUGGACCUCCAAGUGCCCCUUCAAAGACCUUGCCGCGGCCCGCGGGCUCGCCGUCGGGGAGAAGUUCGACGAGGACGGCGCCGCGCCAGCGGCGGCCGCGCCGUCGGGGAAGACGUCCUACGUCCCGCCGUCGCUGCGCGCGGGCGGCGCGGCGUCGCGCGCGGGCGAGGACAGCGGCGGGAGGCGCGGAGGCGGCAGGGAUGAUAGCAACUCGGUGCGCGUUACGAAUCUGUCGGAGGACACGCGCGAGCAGGACCUGCAGGAGCUGUUCGGGCCGUUCGGACCCAUCUCGCGCAUCUACGUGGCGUUCGACCGCGAGACGGGGCUCAGCAGGGGGUUCGCGUUCAUCAACUUCAUCAACAGGGAAGAUGCUGUGCGGGCAAUCAACAAGCUCGAUGGUUACGCUUCAGGCGCCGAUGCGUUCGCACGCAAGGGCGGCGCGAAGGGGAGCUCGAAAGGAAGCUCCAACACACUGUCGCUCUCUGACGCGGUAAAAGCCUCAGAAAAGGCUAAGGGCGCCGUCUCAUACAGCCAGGACCUCGUGACGCAGCUCACGUCCAAGGCCACUGACGCGAUUGCCGCCUCCGCAGCCAAGGAAACCGAGGAGGACACUGCUCUUGCCAAUUACGACACCGCUGCCGACACCUUCGCAACGUCCGUCUCGGACCUUCCCAAGGCCAACUUCCAGGCCGAUCGUAAGAAGGCCCUUCAGGCGCGCCUCGCGGAGAAGCUCAAGGCCGCGAGUGCACGGACGGUGACUGCGAACAAAUACAAGGACGCGGUGGUCGCAUUGGAUGCCCAAGUUAUCGCUGCUGCUGGCGCUGCUAGCACGGGCUCCACCGCCGCCGCUGACGCUCUCACCGCCGCUCUUGACGCCGUCGAUGCCGCGAAUGCUGCGGCUAAGAGUGACCCCAGCCAGGCGACUCGCGCGGCAGCCGCAGAGAAGGCCGUCGCAGUGGCCGUCGCACAGAAGGUCGCGAGCGGGUGGGAAGUGCACAUGGCGACGCUGACGAGCCUCCAGACGGCGUCCGCCGAUCUUAACACCGCAGCGACGACGGCUGCCGACGAUGCGGCGACGGAGGAAGGCAACAUCAAGACGGCAAAGGAGACGGCCGACGCGGAUCUCGCGACUGCCGUUUCGGAUGCAGCGACGGCGCAGCAGGCGUACGACGCGGCGAAGCAAGCGCUCGACGCGGCGGGCGCCGCCCUGGCUCAGGUUCGCGCGGCAGUGAACAAGGCGCGCGCGACUCAGGUGGACAAGGUCAAGGCGAUGAGGGACGCCGUGACGGGACUGUACACGAAAAUCCUCGCGAACAUCGAUGCGUCGAAAACGUGGGUGGAUGUUACCACCGCGGCGACGCUCGCCGGGCAGAAGGACUGGGAGAACCGCGCGUCUGGCAAGGCUGCCCAAGAUCCCAAGGCUCUCAGCAACAUGGACAGCAUCGUCAAGGGCUCUGAGAAGGGCCCCAGUGCCGGUGACUCCAGCAGUGGAGCUGUGUAA